ACGCAGGCUGGGGGACCUAGCCUAGAAGGGAGAGGCAGUGGAAAAGCCAGGUUGGAAUAAUUACCCUAUUCCUACAUGGGGGUCAUCCUUGCCUAUGGUGUUAUGUUCUAGAUGUGGUGGCACAGCUGGAGCCAUCCUGACUUGUCCCCUGGAAGUGGUGAAGACACGUCUGCAGUCAUCUCAGCUGGCACUGCGGCCUCUCUGUCUCUCUGAGAUACAGCUGCCAGGGAUGAGUGUGAGGCUGAUGAACCCCACCCCACCGGCCCCCGGAGUGCUCAAGUUGCUCAGGACCAUUCUUGAGAAGGAAGGUAUGCGAUCCCUGUUCCGAGGUCUGGGCCCAAACCUUGUUGGGGUUGCCCCUUCCCGGGCUAUAUAUUUUGCUGCCUAUUCUGGUGUGAAGGAGAGGCUCAAUACUGUCCUUGUACCAGAAUCCAAGAAAGUACACAUGCUAUCAGCAGCCUGUGCAGGCAUUACCUCUGCCACACUCACCAACCCCAUCUGGUUGGUGAAAACCAGGAUGCAGCUGGAAGCCAGGGUAAAGGGGGAGCUGGGCAGUAAUGCCCUUCAGUGUGCUGUGCACGUGUACCGUACUGGGGGCCUUCUUGGAUUUUACCGUGGAAUCACAGCCUCCUAUGCUGGAGUGUCAGAGACCAUCAUACACUUUGUCAUAUAUGAAGCACUGAAACAGCAUCUGAGAAAUGGCCAUCAUUCCCUUUCUACACCAUUCACGCUUUCAGCAAACAGCCGUGACUUUUUUGGAUUAAUGGGAGCUGCUGCUGUCUCCAAAACAUGUGCCUCAUGCAUUGCAUAUCCACAUGAGGUAAUUCGAACGCGGUUGCGAGAAGAAGGGUCACGGUAUCGUUCCUUUAUACAGACUCUGCAGCUUAUAGUCCAUGAAGAGGGACCCUUGGCUUUAUACCGAGGGCUCCUGGCCCACUUGAUCCGCCAGAUCCCCAACGCAGCCAUCAUGAUGGCUACCUAUGAACUCAUUGUAUGUUUGGCACCUCCCACCUUGUAAGCACACUGUAGCACUUGGCUGAGGUGGCUGGAGAGAUAAGAGUACCAUAGUCCAGAGACAUGGUCUUUUUCCUUGGUCCAAGAGGUGGUGCUUUUUGUUACACUCUGGGAAUGGUCAAGCAUAGCAUUCUCAGGACCUAAGACUAUUUUGUCCAAAGUUUUUGGUUCCAGUACGUACAAUGUAACCUUUCUUCUUUCUGGAGACUCAAAUACUUCCCGUGCUUCAAAAUGUCAGGGCACUGGUUUGACAGUGCCUGCUCUUAGCUCCCUGUAUGAGACAAGGACGUGAAACUUGCUGGAAAAGAGAUAAAGAAGAAAGCAUAUGCGUACCUGAGCCUCAGCAUCUUUGUUAUCUGGACCCAGUAACAACCAAAUGUGGGCGCACCUACCCAUGAUAGAGUUCAGACAUCUUGAGAGAGUUGCAGCAAGCAGAGAUCUUAUACUGAGACAUUUCAUAUCCCUAGGGGGGCUCUUUCAGUCUUUAUCUGUUGUGCUGUCCUCCUGCCUUUGAGGAUUCCUCAACUUUGGAUGCUAGCAAACAUCUUAAUGAAGAAUCUUCCUGUGGGUUCUUAACAUGGUGCAGCCAUUGCCCCGAGAAAAGUCAGGCAGUUGGCAGCUUCUCUUCCUCCUGCUGGGUCUGAAGAGCUGGACCAAGUAGCUCAAAGGAAGAAACACAACUUGCUAUGAAGCACUACCCUAAUAACUUAUGCUACUGUCCUCACAGCCAUGUCUUGCCCAUACCUGAUCUUUUUGCAUCCCCUCCUUUCCUGAGUAACAGAAGGAGGAAUACUUCCCUCAGAAGUACUGGAGUUGUUCUGCUAUAAGCUGAAGUCCCUGACGUGAAAUGCACUCUUAAAUGCUUGUGAAGAAAGUGGUUCAUAUAAAAAAGUGGAUGAAGCUGAGUAUUUAG